AUGCCAGCUUACUUCUACCAUCUUAGCGUGCAGCUCUCUCAAUCAGAUUCUAGAAUAUCAGCCACACUCGUUCACUCUGCACGGGAAGCUUUGCAACCAUUUCGACAAAGCCAAUCGCCUAGGUCCAUCCUAUACCCCACACCCGAACACAACACUCCACGAAUCCCAGAAACCACACUCGCACAUCAUCAAAAGCUAUCCACUCACUCUCCUCACACCCCACCCCAAACCAACGCCACCAGUUCCUCCAACUCCGCCGCAUACUCUGGCUCAUCCACCACCCUCGCAGAAGACAAGCGCUUCGGCGCCGUGACAAUCGAGUGCAUUGACAUGGUGCCCCCGUCACACGCACCGACCAAACGCCCCAAGCGUCCCUCUACCACCCCAGAGCCGGACAAUCUCGUCGCCGCAGGAAUUGGCACAGACAUCCUGAGCGGACUACGCACGAGAGGCCGCUAUAUCCCUCUCGAAGGCGAGAUUGUCGACAGCGUCUCGGGAAUUGUUCAUCUGUACCGCGAUACGCAAGAAACACCAUAUCUCAACAAUGACGACUCGCCCACUCACCUCAAAGGCUCCGCGGCUGCAGCCCGGCACCCCGGCGGACAACAGGCUCUUCCGGCGAGUAGCAAGUCUCCAAGUCUGACGGCGUACCCGUUUCCCGAGCAGAACAUCGACGAUGAUUGCAAGACGCUGUGCAUCCUCGCUGUGCCGUGUUAUCUGUCGCCACUUGAUUUUCUGGGGUUCAUGGGCGAGAAGACGAUGGAUGAUGUUACUCAUUUCCGGAUGAUUAGGACCACGCGGCCGAAUCGGUAUAUGGUUUUGAUGAAGUUCCGGAGUGGCAAGCAGGCGAGAGAUUGGCAGAAGGAGUGGAAUGGGAAGGUGUUCAAUAGUAUGGAGCCGGAGACUUGUCACGUUGUUUUUGUGAAGACCGUUGAGAUCCAGGUCGUUGAUGAAUCACUGGAUUUCGAGUCUGAGCAUGGUGCUCUUGUUUCGCCGAAUCUUUCGACGCCUUCGCAGACUUUAACUGGGAAGCCUCUUGCGCCGCCCACGCCUGCGCUUAUUGAGUUGCCUACUUGUCCUGUUUGUCUUGAGCGAAUGGAUGAAACAACAGGGCUGUUGACGAUCAUAUGUCAACAUGUCUUUCACUGCACAUGUCUCCAGAAAUGGAAGGGGAGCGGCUGCCCCGUGUGUCGCUAUACGCAAGAUGACUUCCGCAAAGGUAACGCGGGUCUGAAUCCAGAAGAAGAACAACAAGAAUGCGGCGUCUGCCACACCGAAGAAAACCUUUGGGCGUGUUUGAUCUGCGGCACGAUCGGGUGCGGCCGCUACGACGGCGCCCACGCCUUCCAGCACUGGAAAGAAACCGCUCACGCCUUCUCGAUGGACCUCACUUCCCAGCGGGUCUGGGAUUACGUAGGAGACGCCUACGUCCACCGCAUUAUCCAAAGCAAAACAGACGGAAAACUCGUUGAGCUACCAGCUGCAGAUAACAGCGCCCUCGAUACAGAUUGGGGUGAUGCUGUUCCUCGUGAAAAGUUGGAAAAUACGAGCGUCGAGUAUACGCAUCUUCUCACAAGCCAGCUCGAAAGUCAACGCGCGUAUUUCGAAGAAGUCGUCGAGCGAGCAGUCGACAAAGCAUCCCAAUCCAGUGCUGCUGCAGCAGUAGCAGAAGUCAAUGCGUCCACUGCCUCGGAUAGACUUGAAGAAUUACAAGCCAAGUACGAUAUCAUGACCCUUGAGACAUUACCUUCUCUGGAGCACGAUCGUGCCAGGGCUGAGAAAAAGGCCGAGAAAUUCGAGGCUUUGGUCCGCUCUUUUGAGAAAAAGUAUCAAGAGGAACGAUCUAUGAAUCAGAACAUGUUGGAACGGCUCGAUUUGCUUGCUAAAGAGGUCGAGGAGCUCAAGGGCUCCAAUGCUGACUUGUUAGAGCAGAACCGUGAUCUCACGUUCUUUAUUAGCGGUUCGCAGCGUUUGCAGGGGCAGGGUGAGGAGGUUGAGCAGGGGACGGUCAGUGUUCCUGAGCCGCCUAAAAAGAAGAAUAAAAAGAAGGGAAAGAAGUAG